AUGGGGGUGUCUUCCCUUGCUGCGAUUCUUCAUGCCGGGGCGUUGCUGCUUAAACUUGACAGAAAUUGGGACUGGUUCACUACAUUAAGCACCUCAGACUAUCCACUCUUCAGUCAAGAUGGUAAAAUGAAUGCUAUACCUUUUCAGGACAUUGCUAUCAAAGUCGAACAUGGUGCAAUAAACAUGUCAAGUUACAAUGAACAGUCGACUCAUGCAAUUUUUGCUAGUCUGUUGAGAGCAAAUGAUCCCAUGAUGUUAGUAAUUGACAAGUUCAUUCUAAAACGCCCUCAAGAAGGGGCAGUGUUAAGAAAAUGGUGCAAACAUGGAGGACUGAAUGUUAGCACGAGCAAUGAAAAUGCUUACGGGGAUAUGCGUUCGACUUGGGAAAACAUUGAUAUUAUUAAUAAGGAAUUCAGGGUAUUAAGCUUCGAAAUUUGA